UGUUGUAUGCUAAACCCACACGCCACUGAUUCUGGUGGAAGUGUUUGGUGAAAAUAUGGCAACCAUCCUGAUCUUCCUCCUCCUGGUCCUCUUCCCAGACUUUUCUUCUGCAGAACAAAGUCCUCUCAGAACUUUCCAUCUCAUUGAGAAGAAUAUGAAUCAGUCUGAAGCUCGAGCAGCUUGUAGAGAGAACUACACUGAUCUGGUCACUGUGUGCAGUGAAGAAGAGAACACUGCACUGAUUAAUCUGAUCAACACUCUGCCUGCAAACAGUAAAGUCUUGUUUGGUCUUCAGCGCAGUCAGUUCAGUUCUAAAUGGUCUAAUGGUGAUGAAGUUACAUUCAGUGCUCUGACUGGAAGCUGUGGGCCAAAGCCCUGCUGUGCUGCUAUGAAGACUAAUGCAUCCUGGGACAAUAUAACGUGCACAGAGAAAAGAAACUUCAUGUGUUAUAAACAAGAUCAGACUGACCUCACCUUCAGCUAUCACCUGAUCACUGAGAAUAAGACCUGGUAUGAAGCUCAGAGUUACUGCAGGAAGAUCUACACUGAUCUGGUCAGCAUCAGAGAUCAGGAGCAGAAUGAAGCAGUGAAGAUAGCAGGGAUGAAGAGCAGUGAUUCCUUCUGGAUUGGUCUGCUGCGUGAUGACUGGGAGUGGGCUGAUGGAGGAAGAUCUGCUUACAGAAACUGGGUGGAUGGUCAACCUCGAUCAUCAUCAAACUGUACACAGCUGACUGCGAACGGGAAAUGGCAGGCAGUGACGUGCAAUAAUGUUGUGGAUGCUGUUCUGUGCUACAACACAUCUGUCAGUGAUGACCGUAUGAGCGGCACUCUGAACUACUGUAGGAAAGUCUUUUCUCCUGCAGAACAAAACAAUCGUCUCACAACUUUCCAUCUCAUAGAGAAGAACCUGACUCAGUCUGAAGCUCGAGCAGCUUGUAGAGAGAACUACACUGAUCUGGUCACUGUGUAUAAUGAUGAAGACAUCACUGCACUGAUCAGACUGACUGGUAUCGGCUCUGCAUGGACUGGUCUGUACAGGAAUCAGUCCAGUGUAAAAUGGUCUAAUGGUGAUGACGUUACAUUUAGAAAUCAGGAGACUGGAGACUGUGGCUCAUUGCCCUGCUGUUCUACUAUGAAGGCUGAUGGUUCAUGGGACAAAAUUCAGUGUACACAGACAAGAAACUUCAUGUGUUACAAACAAGAUCAGACUAACCCCAGUUAUUAUCUGAUCACUGAUCAGUCUCUGACCUGGUAUGAAGCUCAGAGUUAUUGCAGGAAGAUCUACACUGAUCUGGUCAGCAUCAGAGAUCAGGAGCAGAAUGAAGCAGUGAAGAAAGCAGGGAUGAAGACAAAAGAUCCCUUCUGGAUUGGUCUGCUGCGUGAUGACUGGCAGUGGGCUGAUGGAAAAAGAUCUCUUUACAGAAACUGGUGGGACGAUCACCCUAAAUCUUCUCCAGCAGACUGUGUGAAACUGGUAUCAGGAAAAAUGUAUUCAGUACCGUGCAGUAAUACUGGAUCUGCUCUGUGCUACAGCACUUCCCUCCAUGUCAGUGAAGACCGUAUGAACUGGGAGAACGCUUUGUACUACUGUAAGAAAGAUAACAGGGCUGGUCUGCUGCACAUUCAUACUGAAUCUGACCACACUAAGGUGAAGAAUGAGCUCAGGAGGAGGGGUAUCUCUGGGACUUUGUGGGUGGGGCUUGGACAGAGCCAACUUUUUGGUUUCUGGUUUUGGUCUGAUGGGAGUGGUUUGGGUUCCUGGACCAACUGGGUGGGAAGGCAAGUCCCACAACUUCCAUUGUCUCAGCACUGCGGUGCCAUAGACACAGAGCAAGACUUCAAAUGGCUCGAUAAGAACUGUAGAUACGCAUUCAGGGUUUUAUGUACAGUGAAAUAAUCAAACUGAUCCUAUUCAUAUAUCCAGUGUGUUACACACACCCAAGUGCAGGCAAUGGAUGUUUAAUAGGUUUAUGUGUGUUUGAGCUUUUGCUUUAAAUUACCUUUUAAGUGCUUUAUGAGUUGGGGUUGGGUAUGGAUUUGCUGUUUUCAUAGGUGGUUAGUUUCUGUUUCUCUGAAAUGCAUCAAUGUAAUUAUUUCAUUUUUCUUAUUCUACUAAACGUUUCUCUCUCUGGUUUAUUAAGAAAAGCUUUAUUAAGCUACUACAAUUAUUGCCUAAUGCACAGUUUCUUAAACUGGGGGUCAGCAGUUCUACUGUGGCUCACAGAAAAAUAGAUGUGGUUAUAUCUCUUCUAUAUAUCAUUUUCAGUUAUGUCCAUGUAUCAUAUCAGGUUUUGUUUUUUAGCCCAGUUACAGUGGCUGGUUGGGGGGCCUCCAACUAAAACAGUUGAGAACCCCUGAUGUAAUGUAAUAUAUAGGAUAAUUUGUUAAAAGUUAUAAAAAAAAAUAUUUUCAAUAAAACAAAUUACUAAAGGCAA